AUGCUCCAGUUCCUGCUUGGAGUUACAUUUGGCAACAUGGUUGAAAUGUAUCUAGCUCAAAACUAUGACAUACCAAACCUUCCUAAAACGCUUGAAAUUAAAAAGUACUUGGAUGCCAAGAAGAUACCCUCUAGUUCAUGA